AUGGCAUACAAAAGCUACAAUUCACAGAGCUACAUUGACAACAACUACUCGCCGCACGACAGCAAGACUGCUUACGACGACGAAUACGACAACCGUCCCGACUCUGCGCGUGCUCCCCCAACCAAGUCGGCAUCUCUCAAGGAAGGCAUGUUUGCCCAGCAGCAGCAGCAACCCCAGCCCAUGGACAGCUUCAACACGCCUCCCAUGUCGCGAUCGGGUCCUCAGCCAAUGGCCAAUGGUUUUGGCGGUCCUGGUCCUGGAAAGCCCGGGACUGGUGCUCCCUCCAUCCAACCCGAGCCCAUGCCUGAUCUCCUGACGCGCGCCUUUAACGAAGCUGUGCGACCAUACACCAAUCGCGUCGAGGAGCUCGAGAACGAAGUCGCCGAUCUCAAGGCUUGGGUCGAGCAGCUUGAGGCUCAGAGAAGAGAGGUCCACGCAUGGAUUGACAAGCGCGGCUUGAGACCUGACGUGCCCCCGAGCAUUGCCCAGCAGAUGGAUGCUUCCAACCCACACAACCCCACCGCUGCUGCUUCAACUCUCAAUGCACAGCUCGACCGCAAGAUCACCAUCGUCAACUUUGACCUUCACCGUCUGCAAGACGAUCUCAACGACUCAUUGCCUACUCCCUCCUUCAGCGCCUGUAUGCUCAAAUUCUUGCCCGACAUCAGCCGUCUUGCUGCCCUUCCUUCGGGUCCCAAAUUUGCCUUCGACCUGCUGCUCAAGCUGGGCGGCAACCUCAACUCCCACGGUGGUCUCGAGAGUGGUGAUGAAGAAGACCUGCGCGAACGUAGAUCCUUCUAUGCUCGCCUCGACGAAGCCAUGGUCGAUAUCGUGCGCGGUCGCUUUAGAGAGGAAGGCGAAGGUUGGGGUGUCGCCAGAGAAAUCAAGCGCAUCGAGAAAACUGGUGCCUACCUCCGCAACUGGGGUGUUGAGCCUUACUUCCCUCAUACACUGGACGUUAUGAGAGAUGGCUCUGGUGCUGCCGGCGCUGGCGUCUACCAUGGCGGUGGCACUCCUCCUGCUUACCAAUAA